UGCAUAGUGCUACUUCCUUGUUUUCAGAGUCUCUUCUCGGAAGAAGAAUCAAGUUGUUUUUAAGUGGAUGUACAAAACUUGACAUGGCCGGUGAAAAACCGACCUUAAUUUUUCUGAUCCUUGUAGGAAUACAAGBGUCUGCGGCAAGUGAGUCCAGAAACUAAAGUUACUCACUCGCUGAAGUAUUUCUACACUGCAUCCUCUGGGAUUCCAAAUUUCCCAACGUACGUGUCUGUCGGGUUGGUGGAUGAUGUUCAGAUUAGCCACUGUGACAGCAUCACCAAUAGAAACGAACCCAAACAGAACUGGAUGAACAAAGCAGAAGAGGAGGAUCCAGGGUACUGGGAGAGACAGACUCAGAUAUGUUUGGGGAAUCAACCGAGCUUCAAAGCCGACAUUGAYAUAGCAAACAGACGCUUCAACCAAACUGGAGGUGUGMAUAUAGUCCAGUUGAUGUAUGGCGUUGAGUGGGACGAUGAGACAGAGAAGAUUACUGGAUUUCAUCAUUAUGGUUAUGAUGGGGAAGACUUCAUAGCAUUGGACCUUGMUACAAASACAUGGAUUGCUCCUAUCUUUCAAGCUAUCAUCACCAAGUUCAAGUGGGACAGCAACAGGGCUAAUACUGAUUACUGGAUCAAUUACCAUGCACAGAUUGCUCCUGAAUGGUUGAAGAAGUAUCUGGACUAUGGAAAGGACUCUCUGAUGAGAACAGAGCUUCCCUCAGUGUCUCUCCUCCGCAAGUCUUCCUCCUCUCCAGUCAGCUGCUUCGCUACAGGUUUCUAUCCUAACAGAGCUGAGAUGAUUUGGAGGAAAGAUGGAGAAGAGAUCCAUGAGGGGGUGGACAAAGGAGAGAUCCUCCCCAACAAUGAUGGGACCUUCCAGAUGAGUGCUGACCUGAAGCUUUCAUCAGAAAACCCUGAGGAAUGGGCAAAAUACGAAUGUGUGUUUCAGCUGUCUGGAGUCAAAGAUGACAUCAUCACCAGACUGGAGAAAACAAAAACAAACAUCAGGACUGAGCAAGGUUGCCCAUUGAGGCUGUUAUUGGAAUUGUUGUGGGGCUGGUARUUCWGGUUGGCAUCAYUSCUGGAGUCGUCUGGUGGAAAAGAAAAAACAAUGCUUCUGAGACUUCAUCUUCUUCCACAGGAGAUCCUAAGAAUGUGAACAGCGAACAGGAGAAGAUGAUGAAGACAAUACGUUGAAUAGAAAAACAGUCUGGCAACGUCUAUUCAUAAAUUACGACAUCAAGGCAAAUUAAGAUAAAUGUGUGGAAACCAAUCUUUCAAUAUGUAUUGAAAGAUUGGAAUAUGUAUGUAUUUCAAUAUGUUUUGAAAAGUCACUUCAGAGACUUUUCUGUUUUACCUUUCAUUAUGAUUUAAUUUUUUUUCUAUUUUUUUAUAUUGCACUCAUGCUUUAGUGCAUUAAUUUGGGGUUUGAUACAGCAGUUAAAUAAAAUAUAAUAAAAGUCAAGUUAAGCUUAGAUUACAUACUUGAUGCAAUAGUUAACACACUAUAAUGUAUAUUUUGAUGCAGGUGUGGUAAAUAAUCAUCAGUCUUCAUUAAUCUUGGCAUUGUUUGUUUUCCAUCUCAUAGGUGUACAAUAAAMAUUUUAUAAAUAAAGCUUAUUUUUUGUUUGAUUACAAA